AUGCAUAUGUUACUAAUGUCGUCAGCGAUGCCAACUAAACAGAUAGAAAAGGAUUGUUUCCCAUGUCGAGUGACUGGUUCGCUAAGCAGCGCAUUCAUUGCGUCUGUCAUAUUCUACACAACGGCGACUUCGAAGUACUACGUGAAGAGACCUUACAUACAACGAGCUGUGCAGAGUGUAGGCGUCGUGUUCCUGUACGGCUCACUGGCCCGUUGGUUCUAUUUCCCGCCGUUCGGCUCGUUGAGACCUCGUCGAAAAGAGGAAAACUGA